AGACAUCCGUAACGCCAGAGGUCGAAACUUCCAUCAAGACGAUUGAACAUCUGUUCCGAAAUACUCUGAAUAAGCCAUCGUGCCUAACAAUUAUAUGUUUCUGCUUACUGGUUUUUAUACCAAUGAGCGUACAAGAAGUGUAGUCGUCACAUGUGUCCAAGUGAUAACCAACAAACAAGUUAACGAUAUAAUCGAUUAAAUAGUAAUCGAGUAAAUAGUACUCGAUUGAUGUAAAUGCCAACGUCCAGUGAACGUUGCUGCUAAUAUGAAGUCCAACUUCUAGAUGGCAAUAUUUUUUUCUUUGAAGGGUGGAUGAGCUCACGGCCCACCUGGUGAUUAGUGGAUACGGGAGCCCAUCGACAUCUACAACGCAAAUGCCGCCACCCACCUUGAGAUACGAGUUCUAACGUCUCAGUAUAGUACAACGGCUGCCCCACCCUUCAAACCGAGACACAUUGCUGUUUCACGGCAGAAAUAGGCAGGGCGGUGGUACCUACACGUGCGGACUCACAAGACAUACUACCACCAGUAUUUAAAAAGUAAUUAAAAAAACCUUUGCAGUCAAAUAGUGAAUGAUCGAAAAAACUGUAUAGUAUGCAGUAUGGAUUCGAUAGAAAAUACAAGUGACAUUUAGCCUUAGCUCUAGACAGCAGUGGUCGUGUUGUCAGAAAAUCACUAGUCACGACUUGUACAAAACCAAUCCGCCUAGAAUGCGGUCUGUCGCUUAAGAUCAAACCAUCGAUUGGAGUCAAGGUGACCGGUGAUCGUACCCUUAGAACGUUUAAGUUUAUCAUGUUAUAAAAUCGAUAAUGAUUCCGAUUUCAAUCAUUCGUUAACAUUUAAUUGAUGUUAUUUCUAUUUCUGAUCGUUUCUUAAGGGUUUAAACGGAAUUUUAACAACCCACUUUUGCUUGUUAUAGGUACCCUGUUAAUACAUUCUUUUUCAUUUGCAAGCUUCUUAAAACGUUUUCUUUCUGUAGACUAUCCACACUUUUGUUCUGUUAACUUCGAGUGGUUAUACCUAGCUUCGCCAGGCUGGAACUCAGGCUGGCAAUUUUUCCAACUUUUUUUUUAUGGUUGAAAGAUUACUGAUGGCCCGAAGGCCUUUCCAGUUUCACCAGGACAGGUGGGCAAGCAAAGGUUCAGCCAGGAGGGGUGGGGUUUCCUAACAACUACCCGAGCGCCUCCGAAGGAGACCUAACAACUCAAGAGCAAUUGCUUCGCCAAUGAAUCUACUACCGGAUCAGAAUCAAUUGCUAACACUAGCCCUAGCAAGAGCAGUGCUUCGCAGAAUCUACCACUGGAUCAGGAACGCGACCCACUGAGAAGAUCCGGCGAGAAACUCAAUGCGUACACACUUCUGAGCUCUAUUCAUACUUAUUAAUUACUGUAGUUAUAAGCAUAAGAGCAAUCUAACAGCGAUCAUGUCGCAGUGGCUCCGCAGUUAACGCACUGUAAGAACCAGCGAGCAUACAGCCGCUUUCAGACUACGCUAUAAUAUCUAUAGCUCAUAGCACAACAAUAUCGCACACCAUACAUUGUUAUGGACACGUCCACACUGUACUGUACUAUAUAUUAUUGGUUAAGUAUAGGCUACUAUACUAUAUGGCAAUAUAAGUAUAGUUGUAGUCUUAAACCAGAUUAAUCACACCACGUGCCUCAUUGAAUGAAUGUCGUUUGAGUAAAACAGCGACAAUAAUAUGAGUCGGUAAACAGUGAUAUAAGUCGUUUGAAAGGUUAAUUCAUUUCUCGGCAGACGGAAUUUAUAAACAAAAUACAAGUGAUUAUUGAUAAGCGGCGAACACAGCGCGGCGUUGCCAGACCGUCACAGAACAGCCGGUGUCGCUGCGAGGCCGCACCGGCUCGAUGCGACGUUGCCAGACCGCUAGCGGACUCUCGCUGCCGCUGCGAGUUCGCGCCGACCACGCUGCGUCAGUCCGCGACCGUCGCUUGUCUUGUGUGUCACGCGUCAGUAUCGCAUGCUAACAUUGUUCAUAGUGCCAAAUGACUUCGUAUUGUUUAGACAUAGAGGCCUUCAUUAGCGAAGUCAGUAAGCACCCGCAAAUCUGGGACCUAAACAAUGAAGAUUUUAAAUAUAAACAUCGCAAACAGAACGCAUGGGCAGAGGUAUCCCGGAUAUUCAUCAACGACUUCGCCGAUAUGACCCAGGGAGAAAAGUUGGAUAUAAAAAGCUUAACGGGAAAUGGCGCAACAUACGAGAUUCGUACGUACGCAGUCUCAGGAAAGGUUACGGUUACAUGUAUGCGAAACAUCUGUCCUUCCUGAACAACAUAUACAAGAGCACCAGCCAAUCUGGCAGCGACGCUGAGCAAGACGACAAUUGGCAGAGCGACGACGACUCGGCCAAACUGAGCAACGUCUCAUUCAGAAAGAGCUUCAAUAUCAAAAACUGCGAUGGAAUCACGGAACGAAGCGUGGACUGGCAGAGUGAUGGCGAGGAGAUUCCUCUCAGAGCUCCAGUCAGAAGUGUUAGGAAACGUCGGAAAAUCAUUCCGGAGAUUGAGUACGUCGAGCCUCUCGCGGAACCAACCUGCAGCAGUACAGGCGAGGACGACGACAGAUCCUUCUUCGAAUCCGUUCUGCCGGCAGUGAGAGUGUUCGAUAUUGACCAGAAACUAGAAUUCCGUGGUGAAGUACUUAGAUUAAUCAAAAUGAUAAGAUAUAGGAAGAUAAAAAUUAAAUCCGAUCCAACUGAAGACUUAUAGUGAUAUUAGAUUAGUUCUAUUCCAUUCCAAUUUGUGGUAAAUAAAUAAUAUAAUAUAUAUUUUUUUUUAUGAA